AUGGAGUUAAGGCGAUGCCAUUUGUUGGCUGGACACCUGGAGGAAGGAAAGACUGCACUGUGGACUCCACUCCACUUCCUCGCUUCCUUCCUUCCUUCCGCCCCCAACCCGGUCCACCUUCUUCACUGUUCAACGACCUGGUAUACUCCGCCGGCCGCCGCACUGCCACUGCGCAUCCACACCUACAGUGCAAUCGAUUCUCUUCCUUCAAAACUCCCUUCUGCUGCGUUCGAGGCGUUUCAUAACGGAUCAUGGCAUGGAGUGAAUUCUGUAAGGAUACGGGAUGGUGCUUUGCUUGUAAAAUUUGUCUCCUCUGGAUCCACAGUCCAGCAUGAUAUUGAUGGGUCCUAUCUGCGCAUACGUUCUAGAAAGGCAACUUGCUCUGAUUGCUCACAUGUUCUCAAGCCAGGCGCUGAUGUCUGUGUCUGGCAAGCGACUUACAGAGGAGAAACAAAAGAUUCUGUACCAUUGUGCCGUGAUGCAAGGCUCAUCAAAAUCAAGAGAAAUCAUCAAUUGGAUCGGUGCCUCUGCUUGUUUGCCGUUAUUUUCUAUAAAGACCAGUGCCCGGGCAGCAAAGAAAAAGUGAUAUCCGGUACAAUAGCUGACGUAGUGACGAUAGACGAUAUUUGCAUCUUGCAAAAUCUCCAAUCUGAGGAGCUCCAGGACGGAAGCGUGCAAUGGAAUUCUGCAGUGGACUGCUUCCACCAUAAUAGAAGCAAGCUGCUAAGUGCUAGAUUCUCCCUAGAAGUCGCAUACCUGAUAGUUUUGUCUAGCCUGAGGGGAAUGGAAUUCAACAUCAAGCUGGUCAACGGCAAUAUCAUUUAUCAGAUCAUCAAAGGAGACCAAGCACGGUAUAGUAUUGAUUCCAUGAGCAUACCUCCAGGUUUUGGGAAGAACAUGGACAUAAUAUCAUUCAAACCACGUGAUGAGGCUUUUCGCCCAAUUAUCAGAACAGUUCCAAUCACUCAGGUUAAAGAAGACAAUCUCACAGAAGAUGGGUGUAUCGCUGUGAAGGGCGAAUCUGAUAGUGCACAAGAUGUUGAAGUUUUGUAUGCGCAUGUGGACAUAAGACGCUCAAAGCGUAUGAAAACUCAACCAGACCGCUUUACUAGUUAUGAUACGCCUAAUUUCAAUCGGACCUACAACAAGAAAGAAGCAGAUGGACCAUCUACUAAGAAUGAAAAUUCAGAGAGCGACUUGAGUUGUGAUUCAUCAGAGCAGAGAGAAUCAAGUGAUGAAGAGGUCUUAGGAAAUCCUGGGGUGAACAAAAAAGUUUCUGGGUCUUUCGUGGUCAAGGAAGACCCAAGGUCUAUGAAAGGACAACAGAAGUACCCAGUGAAAAGAAAUCAGUGCUUUUUGCCUAUAAAAGAAAAGCAAAUCUCCAUGGAAACAAAGAAGAACACAACAGAUCAAGGGUGUUCAGAUUCUCACAUUCCACAUACGCCUGCAAAGAAUAUAGAGAAGUGCAAUCGUCCGACAUUUCGACUAAAGUCAUUUGCUUCGUCUCAAAGCCUAGAUGGCAAUAGAGAACCAGCAUUCUGCCAAAAGAGGGGUAGGAAAAGAAAGAAACACAUGUGCCAAAGAGAGUACAAACGAAUGAUAGACCAAUGCAUUGGAAAUAUCCAGUGUGAAGUGGAGAGGGAUUCUGACUUUAAGGUUGAUGCCCAGAUAUUGAAUGGCUGUGGACAUGCUUACCAAGAAGAGGAUUUUACAUGGCCGAUUUCCGCUGAUAGUCAAGAGGAGAAGGAUGAGCUUGAAGAGUUGUGGAAAGAAAUGGACUAUGCACUGGCCACAGUAGCAAUUCAUGAGCAAAAGCAGAUGACAGAUUCAGAAGCCAGUCAUGAGAGCAAUACUGAUUUAGGAAAAAGAGGAGAACACUGUCAUCAUGACUGCAUGCUGGACGAACAGCUUGGUCUGACCUGCAGGCUGUGCAAUGUUGUAUGCACUGAGGCAAAGGAUAUCUUUCCACCGAUGUUCACUGGUAAGGACCACGAGAGGCCUGAAUGGAGCCAUUUUGGUCAGGAUGAUCAUGUACUUGACCUUUCUUUUUUUGAGAUUUGUGCUCCAGAAUCCUCCAAAAUUAAGGAAUCUGGGAAUGUGUGGGCUUCAAUCACUGAUCUUGAACCAAAGCUACUUGCUCAUCAAAGAAAAGCCUUCGAAUUUAUAUGGAAAAACUUGGCAGGAUCAUUACAGUUUGAAGAAAUGGAUGAUUCAACAAGUAAAGGUGGUUGUGUGGUUGCACAUACUCCAGGAGCGGGUAAAACUCUGUUGCUGAUUUCAUUUCUUGUCAGUUACUUGAAAGUUCACCCAAGAAGCCGACCAUUGGUCCUUACUCCAAAAGCUGCAAUCCAUACAUGGAGGAGAGAGUUUCAGAAAUGGGGCAUUUUGCUUCCGUUACAUGUGCUUCACCACUCUAAUAGAACAAGCAAACUGAUGGGAGGUCUCAGUUCGAAACUGCAGGCGGUUUUAAAGAAUUUUCACCGACCAUCGUGGAAAACAAUGCGCAUCAUGGAUUGUCUGGACAAAUUAUGCAAGUGGCAUGAGGAACCAAGCAUUCUUCUCAUGACGUAUUCUUCUUUCUUAUCGCUUGCGAAAGAAGACUCAAAACUGCAUCACCAGGCUUUCAUAACGAAAGUUUUGAUGAACAACCCUGGGCUAUUGAUUCUUGAUGAAGGGCACAACCCAAGAAGCAACAAAUCAAAGGUGAGAAAGCUGCUGAUGAAGGUGAAGACUGAAUUCAGAAUACUCUUGUCUGGUACAGUCUUUCAGAACAACUUCGAAGAGUAUUUCAACACCUUAUCUUUGGCCAGACCUCGUUUUGUCAACGAUGUUAUGACCGCGCUAGUUCCAGAAUCAGAAAAGAAAACACGGAACAGAACUGGCAAACAUCAAGAAGCACUGGCAAGGCGUAUUUUUGUGGAAAGAGUGGGGCAGAAGAUCGAGUCUAGCAGCAAACAUGACAGAAUGGAUGGCAUCUCCUUGUUAAAUGAUCUUACUCAUGGAUUCAUUGAUUCAUUUGAAGGGACAAAACUGAACAUUCUUCCAGGUAUACGUGUGUAUACCCUUUUCAUGAAACCCACUGACGUCCAGGAAGAGGUCCUGGCGAAACUGCCAAUGCCCUUGUCAGGCAAUGUGCGUUACUGUCUCGAGAUUGAGCUGCUCAUCACAAUUGCUUCUAUCCAUCCUUGGCUUAUAAACACAACCAGGUGUGCUAGCACUUACUUCACGCCAGCAGAAGUAGCUAGAGUUGAGAAGUACAAGUGGAACUUUGCUGUUGGUUGCAAGGCAAAGUUUGUGAUUGAUCUUUUGCACAAGUCCUCAUUCAGAGGGGAGAGGGUUCUGAUAUUUUGCCACAAUGUGGCCCCAAUAACCUUUCUUGUCAAGCUGAUAGAGAUAGUCUUUGGAUGGCGUCUUGGGCAGGAAAUCCUGGUGCUGCAAGGAGAUCAAGAACUGCCUGUGCGGUCAGAUGUCAUGGAUAAAUUCAACAGUGACAGAGAAGGGAAGAGGAAGGUGCUGAUUGCUUCGACAACAGCCUGUGCCGAGGGUAUCAGUUUGACCGGUGCAUCAAGAUUGGUGAUGCUGGAUUCGGAGUGGAACCAUUCGAAGACCAGGCAGGCAAUCGCAAGGGCAUUCCGACCUGGCCAGGAGAGAAUGGUGUUUGUCUACCUUCUUGUGGCGUCUGGGACAUGGGAGGAAGAUAAAUACAACAGUAACAGGAGGAAAGCUUGGAUCGCGAAAAUGGUCUUCUUUGGGCGUUAUUUCGAUGACCCAUUGCAAAAUCGUGUGACUGAAAUCGAUGAUGAGGUUCUGAAGGAGCUUGCUGAUGAAGAUGAGACCAAUACUUUCCAUAUGAUACCUCCAAUCUCUUUUAUCAAAGCCGAAGUCUGUGGCCUUUUCGGUAGUGUCUUCUGUGAUUUUGGACCUGAGUUUACUGUCAUUGAUGUUGAUGGUGAAGAUCCACAUACUGGUAUAAUUGCAUCCAUCAGCAAUGACAGUCCUGCAAUGGUAUCCUGUGUUGAUGAUGAGAGGCUUGAGUUUCAGGAUGGUGAUCUUGUUGUUUUCUCUGAGGUCCAAGGCAUGGCAGAAUUGAAUGAUGGAAAACCAAGGAAGGAACCAAAGGUUCUACGCUUCAAGGCACUAAGAGAUGCAAUGAGAGAUCCUGGCGAUUUCCUUCUAAGCGACUUUUCAAAGUUUGAACGAUCACCUGUGCUUCAUCUAGCCUUUCAAGCUCUGGAUAAAUUUAAGAAGGAACAUGGACGCUAUCCUACCACUGGCUGUGAGCAGGAUGCUCAAACUUUCCUGAAGUUUGCUGCCGAUAUUAAUGAAGCUUCUGUUGGUCCUAAGCUGGAAAACAUUGAUGAAAAGUUGCUCCGUCAUUUUGCAAGUGGUUCUCGAGCUGUUUUGAACCCAAUGGCCGCAAUGUUUGGUGGUAUUGUUGGUCAAGAAGUUGUGAAGGCAUGUUCAGGGAAAUUCCAUCCGCUUUACCAGUUGGAUCCCCAAGGUUUGAAGCCUUCAAAUAGCCGCUAUGAUGCUCAGAUCUCUGUAUUUGGUUCCAAGCUUCAGAAGAAGAUGCUAGAUGCAAAUAUUUUCAUUGUGGGUUCUGGCGCUCUUGGAUGUGAGUUCUUGAAGAACCUUGCCUUAAUGGGUGUCUCUUGCAGCUCCAAGGGAAAGCUAACUAUAACAGAUGACGAUGUCAUUGAGAAAAGCAAUCUGAGUCGCCAAUUUCUGUUCCGUGACUGGAACACUGGGCAAGCAAAGUCUACUGUAGCUGCAGCCGCCGCCAUUGACAUCAACCCCAGCCUCCAAAUUGACGCUCUUCAGAACCGUGCCUCUCCUGAUACCGAAAAUGUGUUCCAUGACACAUUCUGGGAUGGACUGGAUAUUGUCAUCAAUGCCCUUGAUAAUUUUCAGAAGCCACUACUGGAGUCAGGGACAUUGGGCGCAAAGUGCAAUACACAAAUGGUCAUUCCUCACCUUACUGAAAAUUAUGGAGCUUCAAGAGACCCACCUGAGAAGCAGGCACCCAUGUGCACAGUCCAUUCUUUUCCACACAAUAUUGAUCAUUGCUUGACAUGGGCCCGUUCAGAGUUCGAGGGUUUGCUAGAGAAAACACCAAAUGAAGUAAAUUCUUUUCUGUCUAAUCCUGCUCAAUAUGCUGCUGCCAUGAGGAAGGCAGGUGAUGCCCAAGCAAGGGAAUUACUUGAACGCGUCUCUGAAUGUCUUGACAAGGAGCGAUGCAAUACAUUUGAGGACAGCAUAACUUGGGCCCGAUUGAGAUUUGAGGAUUAUUUCUCAAACCGCGUGAAGCAGCUUACAUUCACUUUUCCUGAAGAUGCUGCUACUAGCACAGGCACUCCUUUCUGGUCCGCCCCAAAGCGCUUUCCCCGCCCUCUGCAAUUUUCAGCCACUGAUUCAUCUCACAUCAACUUCAUCAUGGCUGCUUCAAUACUGAGAGCAGAGUCAUUUGGGAUUGCUAUACCUGACUGGGCAAAGAACACAAGUAAGCUGGCUGAUGCGGUCAAUAAGGUUGCAGUUCCUAAAUUUGAGCCAAAGAAAUGGAUGAAUAUUGUGACAGAUGAGAAGGCUACUAACCUUUCUAGUGCCUCAGUUGAUGAUGUUGCUGUUAUUAAUGAUCUUUUGACCAAGUUGGAAGAAUAUGCCAAGGGCUUGCCUCCAGGAUUCCAAAUGAAACCUAUCCAAUUUGAGAAGGAUGAUGACACUAAUUUUCACAUGGAUUUAAUAGCUGGGCUUGCAAACAUGCGCGCAAGGAACUACAGCAUUCCUGAGGUUGACAAGUUGAAGGCUAAGUUCAUCGCUGGAAGGAUCAUCCCGGCCAUCGCAACUUCGACAGCCAUGGCCACAGGUCUCGUGUGCCUGGAGCUAUACAAGGUCAUUGCUGGGGAGCACCCCAUCGAGGAUUACCGCAACACAUUUGCCAACCUAGCUCUACCGCUGUUCUCAAUGGCUGAACCAGUUCCGGCGAAGGUUAUAAAGCAUCAAGACCUGAGCUGGACCAUAUGGGACCGCUGGACUGUCAAGGGCAACUUGACUAUCGCUGAACUCCUGCAGUGGUUCAGUGACAAGGGCCUCAGCGCUUACAGCAUGUCCUGCGGCACUUCUCUGCUGUACAACAGCAUGUUCGCGAGGCACAAGGAGAGGCUGCAGAAGAAGGUUGUAAGGUGGAGGUUCCUGAAUACCGGAAGCACAUAG